ACUGGCAGUUCUACUUCUACUCAUCUUCAAUCCGUUUUUUGAGCCAAGAUGGCAAAAACAUACGAUUAUCUGUUCAAAUUACUUUUAAUUGGUGACUCGGGUGUCGGAAAAACGUGUGUGCUAUUCAGAUUUUCCGAAGAUGCAUUCAACACUACAUUCAUCUCAACCAUCGGCAUCGACUUCAAAAUCAGAACAAUCGAGUUGGACGGGAAGAAAAUAAAAUUACAAAUUUGGGACACUGCUGGGCAGGAAAGGUUCAGAACCAUUACGACUGCGUACUACAGAGGUGCUAUGGGCAUCAUGCUAGUUUACGACAUCACAAACGAAAAGAGUUUCGAAAACAUCAAGAACUGGAUUAGAAAUAUUGAGGAAAAUGCCGCCCAGGAUGUUGAAAAGAUGCUUCUGGGAAAUAAGUGCGAGUUGAAUGAAAAAAGACAAGUUUCUAAAGAGCGUGGAGAGCAACUUGCUGUCGAGUAUGGGAUCAAGUUCCUUGAAACAAGCGCGAAAGCAUCAAUAAAUGUUGAAGAAGCCUUCUUCACUCUUGCCAGAGACAUCAAAGCCAAAAUGGAAAGGAAAUUGGAGGCAAGUAACCCACCCCGAGGCGGCGGCCACCAGCUGAAGGCGCAGGAACCCCAGAGGAAACCGGUCAGUUGGUUGUCGCGCUGCUCAAUACUUUGACAACGUGCUGCGCCGCCCAACCUGUGCACUUUCAACACAACUCCUCUUGAACUGGCAGUGCCGUGACAAAUAAGCAACAAAAGAAGAGCGAACCCGUUUUCUGCUGCUGACUCGCGACACCUAUCUCAGUGGCAGACGGUUGGUUAGAAAGGAGUAAACUUGGAAAUUGUGAUCUGUUUUUAAAUAAUGUUAGCUUUUCACCCUCCAAUAACUGCUAGCAGUUGUCGAUCGUUUUCUCGAAAAAGCAAACAAAAGCUCAAAUUAUUUAAAUGCAGUGCAAGAAAAAUGGCUUUAUUUUUUGCCGGCUGGUUUCAGAUACUAAAUUCAAACGAUGAGUGCACAACUGAUAAGUAGAAAAAAAGGAGAAUCGAUGCUAAUUGAUUUAUUGGUGUUUUCCAAAAAAUCUUUCGUCAACGUACAUUCAGUGUGUGCUUCUCAUAGGCGCUGUUGCCUGCUGCUUUUAAACGUCUUGUUGGUUUCAGUUGGGGAAACUGAACCGUUCUGAAGAACGAAUUGCGAUCAUAUCUUUUGAAACGAGAGAAUUCCUUGGUUCCACUUGUGCUUAGUUUGUGCCAAUUCUGUCCAGCUUUAAAAGAAAUUUGAAACUUUAGAACCCAAUCUUACUAUUUUUUUUAUAUAAAUUUUGGGGGUCUUAUUUUAACUAUUAUAUCAAACCUCUUUGAUAAAUAAAGUCGCUGGAAGAACUGAUAUGUUCAAGUGGGACCAGAAAAUUCUGUACCUGUUCAACAAAUUAAACUGCCAACUCAAGAUCAAAUUUAUCUCAUUUAACAUGACAUUAUAUAAACUAUAUCCCAGCCUAUGAGGGAGGAGAAAGUAAGAGGAUAGGCGUGAUCUUUGUUUCAAAUGUGGUAUUUAGAGUCUUUAAAUUGUAUCGAUUAAUUUGUAAAUACAAAAUAAUUACUCUCCAAAACUGCACACUCUUUUAAAUCUGUUUAUGUAUUUAUCAAUGCUCCUAUCCUCAUUGAUAGAGCAAGCUAUCGGCCAACAAGUGUCUGAAUUUAAGUGUAAGAAAAGGUAUGUAUGAUUUUCGUAAAUCAACCUGGCCUUGUCAGUAAUUUAUGGAAUCUAAUUUUAAGACGAUUGGAAAGUUAUGUGCCUUUUGUUAGCAGAUACGAGUGCUACUAAAGGAGCCUAAUUUAAUCAACGUUUCAAAUUAUUUGCAAUUUAAAUUGUCAUUUUAAUCGGUGCACCAUUCAUUAAUCAUAAUUUAUCAAAAUAUUAAUGAUCAUGUGAGAAACGCGAGACCAAACUAGUUUCUCCCACGUCGUGCAGCAAACUUAAACGCAAGCAUCACCAAAUUUAAUUUAAUCAUUUGCUGUGUAAUUGUCUGCUACAAGUUAAUUACAAAUCAUUCAUGUAUGAUCUAAAAUAUAUUAUUUGAAGGAAAAACUUUGGACAGAAUUUUGAGAAAAAUGUUAUUUUUGUGACCCUUAUUACAGUUAGGCAUGUUCUUUCAUUUAGCUGUUCAAACAAAAAGGAAUAAAAUUGCCACUUUCUGUAAAAAAAAAUUAUAU